AUGGACGCUGCAGAUGCCUCCAGGAGCAACGGGUCCAGCCCAGAAGCCAGGGAUGCCCGGAGCCCAUCGGGCCCCAACGGCACCCUGGAGAAUGGCACCAAGGCCGAUGGCAAGGAUGCCAAGACCACCAACGGGCACGGCCCGGACACAGCCGAGGGCAAGAGCCUGGGUCCCACCCUGAAGGCAGGGGAAGGGAAGAGCGCCCUGUUCUCGGGCAACGAGUGGCGGCGGCCCAUUAUCCAGUUUGUUGAGUCCAUGGACGAAAAGAGCUCCAACUACUUCAGCAUGGACUCGGCGGAAGGCAAGAGGUCACCGUACGCGGGGCUCCAGCUGGGGGCCUCCAAGAAGCAGCCAGUCUCCUUCGCCGACAAGGGGGAGCUGCGCAAGUCCAUCUUCUCGGAGCCCCGCAAGCCCACGGUGUCCAUCGUGGAGCCCGGGGAGGUCCGGCGGAACAGCUACCCCCGGCCGGACUCGGGCUUCUUCCCGCGCUCCAAGUCGGGCUCCGAGGAGGUGCUGUGUGACUCCUGCAUCGGCAACAAGCAGAAGGCCGUCAAGUCCUGCCUGGUGUGCCAGGCCUCCUUCUGCGAGCUGCACCUCAAGCCCCACCUGGAGGGCGCCGCCUUCCGGGACCACCAGCUGCUCGAGCCCAUCCGGGACUUCGAGGCCCGCAAGUGCCCCCUGCACGGGAAGACCAUGGAGCUCUUCUGCCAGACGGACCAGACCUGCAUCUGCUACCUCUGCAUGUUCCAGGAGCACAAGAAUCACAGCACCGUCACCGUGGAGGAGGCCAAGGCCGAGAAGGAGACAGAGCUGUCACUGCAAAAGGAGCAGCUGCAGCUCAAGAUCAUUGAGAUUGAGGAUGAAGCUGAGAAGUGGCAGAAGGAGAAGGACCGAAUCAAGAGCUUCACCACCAAUGAGAAGGCCAUCCUGGAGCAGAACUUCCGGGACCUGGUGCGGGACCUGGAGAAGCAAAAGGAGGAGGUGAGGGCUGCCCUGGAACAGCGGGAGCAGGAUGCUGUGGACCAGGUGAAGGUGAUUGUGGAUGCUCUGGAUGAGAGGGCCAAGGUGCUGCAUGAGGACAAGCAGACCCGGGAGCAGCUGCACAGCAUCAGCGACUCGGUGCUGUUUCUGCAGGAAUUUGGUGCAUUGAUGAGCAAUUACUCUCUCCCGCCGCCACUUCCCACCUAUCAUGUCCUGCUGGAGGGGGAGGGCCUGGGACAGUCCCUGGGCAACUUCAAGGACGACCUGCUCAAUGUGUGCAUGCGCCACGUCGAGAAGAUGUGCAAGGCGGACCUGAGCCGUAACUUCAUUGAGAGGAACCACAUGGAGAAUGGUCACGAUGGUGCUGGCCCUCGCCUCUGUGCAGGUGUGGCCUGCGUCCUGUACAAGGCCCUUUUCCUCUGCCUUACAGGUGGGGCCCGGACAUCGUACCAGCCCUCAUCCCCUGGCCGCUUCUCCAAGGAGACCAACCAGAAGAACUUCAGCAAUCUCUAUGGCACCAAAGGUAACUACACCUCCCGGGUCUGGGAAUACUCCUCCACCAUCCAGAGCUCUGACAAUGACCUGCCUGCCGUCCAAGGCAGCUCCUCCUUCUCCUUGAAAGGAUACCCCUCCCUCAUGCGGAGCCAGACCCCCAAGGCCCAGCCCCAGACUUGGAAAUCUGGCAAGCAGACUUUGCUGUCUCACCACCGGCCAUUCUACGUCAACAAAGGCAACGGGAUCGGGUCCAACGAGGCCCCGUGA